AGUGUGAACACGUGACCCUCCGGCAGGGUGUCACUCCGCAGCUGACCGCUAGAGGCGCACGGCUCAGUGACUGGAGUAUCCGGCCGCAGUACUGUCCGCUGAGCUGCAGGGGUCACUACCGAGCGCUCUAAUCCCUGAAGCUGCUCAACGUGUGCCGUGACGUCAUAUCCAGGCGCCGGAAGUUGCUGCUUCUCCACGUGAAAGAAGAGACCGGAGAUCCACGGCUGACGUCCAUUUUCCACAAUGGGCAAAAAAGGAAAAGUAGGAAAGAGCCGGAAGGAUAAAUUUUAUCAUCUGGCAAAGGAAACGGGUUACCGCUCCCGUUCAGCAUUUAAGCUCAUUCAGCUGAAUAGGAAGUUCCAGUUCCUGCAGAAGGCGCGAGCGCUGGUGGAUCUGUGCGCGGCCCCCGGGGGAUGGUUCUCCUCUCUGUAGAUGGCCGCCAUUUUCUCACCUCUGUUUCCUUCAGGUGUGGAUCUUGUGGCGAUUAAACCGAUCCCCAAUGUAGUGACCCUACAGGGCGACAUCACCAGCGAGACCUGCAGACAGGCUGUGAAGAAGCAGCUUCAGACCUGGAAGGCGGACGUGGUCCUGAAUGACGGAGCGCCCAACGUGGGCGGCAACUGGGCGCACGACGCCUUCUCACAAGUUCACCUGUCUCUCAUGGCGCUGCGGCUUGCCUGCGAUUGUCUGACACGCGGUGGAUGGUUCAUCACGAAGAUUUUCCGCUCCUCCGAUUAUCAGUCUCUACUUUGGAUCCUGAAGAAUUUCUUCAAGAAAGUAAAUUCCACCAAACCGCAGGCGUCUCGCAGUGAGAGCGCGGAGAUCUUCGUGGUCUGUCAGGGAUAUUUGGCCCCCGAUAAAAUCGACAGCCGAUUCUUCGAUCCCAAAUUUGCGUUCAAGAACGUGGAAAGCCCCGUGCAGACCGUGUCGCAGCUGGUGUCGCAUAAGAAGCCCAAGGCGGAAGGAUACGAGGACGGACCGGUUUUCCAGCGAGCGUCUCUGCUGGAGUUCCUGAAAGCGCAGAAUGCCGUGGAUUUCCUCUCCAGGAUCAGCGAGAUUGCCAUAGACGACCCACAUUUAGACAGACACUCGUCUACCACCAAUGAUAUCCGAGAAUGCUGCAAAGAUAUCAAAGUGCUGGGACGUAAAGAGCUGAGGUCGCUCUUGAGCUGGAGAUCCAAACUGCGGAGAUACGUAGCCAAGAAGCUGAAGGAGGAAUCUAAGGGGUCUGCGGAAGGAAUAAACCUCAGCUCCGAUGAGGAGGGUGAAGGCUCCGGGGAGGAGGAGGAGGAGAAGAAGGAGGAGGAAGAGGAUGAAGAGGAGAAGCUGGAGCAGAAGUUAGCGGAGCUGAAGGCGGAGGAGCUGGCGGCGCUGAAAAGGAAGAAGAAGCAGCUGCUGAAGGUCCAGAGACGUCAGAGGCUGCGGAAGGAGCUGAAGAUGGAUCUGCCGGGGGUCUCUAUCGCCGACGACGGGGACACCGGAAUGUUCUCCCUCAAGACCAUAGGAAAGAAUCAGCUCUUACAGACACUUUCCCGUGGAGACAUGGCGGCUGCGGACGCUCUGGUGUCCCUGAACGACCCCAAUGAUGGCGACAUUUGCCUGUCGGACGUGGAGGAGGACGACGAGAUCUCUCUGGCCAGUGACCUGGACGACGACGACCUGAACGACGUGAGGAAGUGGGAAGAGAAGCUGCAGAAGCCGAGGGCGGCAGCAGCAGCAGAGUCAGAGGAGCCGGAGGAGGAGACGAACCCUCUGUUACUCUCCCUGGAAGAGAAGUCCGACCGGCAAGAAAGAGACAAAAACCUCUGGUUUGGAAAGGGGAUUUUCUCCUCGGUGCUCCAGUCCGAUGCAGACGAGAAGAUGGAGAUAAAGCAGACGAAGAUCCUGCAGGAGACCAAGACGGGAGAAAAACCAAAGGAGAAGAAAGAGACAAAGAAAAACCGAAAAAACAAAAAAGAAGCCGAAGCAGACGCCAGCGAGAAAGCAGAUACAGUAAUACCGCCGGCGCCCGAGGGGACUGCGCAGGACGGAGCCGAUGACUCUGACAGUGACAGCAGUGAUGACGAGAGGGACAUUCAGUCUAUGAGGAAGAGAUUGGGGAAAAGGACGACAGAAGAGAACGACAACUUUGAAGUGGUUCCUGUAGAACGCCCAGUUUUCUCUAUUAUUGAUAUCUGA